GGGCGGGGCGGCCGUGGCCGCUGGUGCCCAGCCGGGCGCGGCCGGGAGAGGGCGCGGCGAGGGUGACGGCAGCCGGCGUCCGAGUUGUUUCCCGGAGCCGGGCUGCGAGAAGCUCUGAGGGAGCCGGGCGGACUGGGGUCGCUCUGGCCUGGGAGGCCCGGAGAGAGCGCGCCCCGGGUCACGCCCGGUACCCGCGAGCGGAGCGCGGCCGGGCCGCGCGCCAUGGACCCGAAGGCGGGCGGCGGCGGCGGCGGCGAGGAGGAUGACUGCGCGGACUCGGGCGCCGAGACCGGAGGGUCUGACUACAGCCACCUGUCCUCCACCAGCAGUGAGCUUUCGGUGGAGGAGGCACAAGACCCGUUCCUGGUUAGCAUCCACAUCAUCGCGGACCCAGGGGAGUCGCGGCCCCUGCAGGAGGCCAUUGACAAGGUCCUGGCCUGGAUCCACCCGGACCUCCCGCUAUUCCGGGUGUCAGAGCGGCGCUCUAGCGGGCGGCGGCGGAAGUCCCCCAGGGGCACGCAGCCGGCGCUGGCCGUGGUGCUGUUCCUGCAGGAAGAGUAUGGCGAGGAGCAGAUCUUACAGUUGCACCGCACGCUGCGGCGGCCGCCCUGGCGCCACCACCACACGGAGCGCGUGCACGGCAGGUUCCUGCCCUACCUGCCUUGCAGCCAGGACUUCUUCACGCUGGCACCCGGGACUCCUCUGUGGGCGAUCCGGCCUGUGCACUAUGGCAAGGAGAUCGUGCGCUUCACCAUCUACUGUCGCCACGACAGCUACGCCGACAGCCUGCGCUUCUACGAGCUGAUUCUCCGUCGGAGCCCCAGCCAGAGGAAAACCGACUUCUGCAUCUUCCCCAUCUUCUCCAACCUGGACCUGGACAUCCAGUUCUCCCUGAAAAGGCUGCCCUGCGACCAGAACCCGGUCCCCACCGACUCCUCCGUGCUGGAGUUCCGAGUAAAGGACAUGGGCGAGCUGGUGCCCCUCCUGCCCAACCCCUGCAGCCCCAUCAGUGAGGGGCGCUGGCAGACGGAGGACCACGACGGGAACAAGAUUCUUCUGCAGGUGCCAAGGGUACACAGGAAGUUUCCCAAAGCCGGCCGAGCGCACCACUCCUCCGACAAGAAGCCUCGUUCCAGUCCUUCUCCAAGCAUCACUGCCCCGAGCUGUGGCGGCAGCCCGCAGUCCCCGCUCGACUGCCCACUCCCAGGACCCAGCUGGACGCACCUGCCUCCCAUGCACCAGCAGGAACUUGCCAGCAGCCCCCAGGGCCCUCCCUGGUGUUUCCAGCGAAGCAAGUCCUUGUUCUGUUUGCCCACGGGAGGACCCUCGCCAGCCACCUCCUCCGAACCACAGUGGUUUUCCAGCACAGGUGCCCCAGGGCCCAGGGCGGCCGAGUGGAGGCACAGCCAGCCCCUCUCUGUGGAUGACUUAGAGGGGGCCCAGGAGACGGAUGUGGACACAGGCCUGCGGCUGUCCUCCUCGGACCUGUCUGUGGUCUCCGCAUACUCUGCACCCAGCAGGUUCUGCAACACGGCAGAGGCAUCCCUCCCCUCCGAAAGACGCAGCAGCCACCGGCCGGGGCACAAGGGGUCCAGAGAAGCACCACUGCCCGCUGUCAGUGAGGCCCCCGCGGGCGCCUCCCAGGCCUCCCUCCCUUUCUUCAUCCAAGGGUCCUCCAGCUCCUCAGGGACAGAUGGCACUGCUGCCCCGGCUUCCAGCACCUCCUUGCUCCCUAAGUCACCCCCAGAGCUCUCUUGUGACGCUCCUCGCAUCACCCAGACCAGCAGAGCCAUGCCACCACCCGCCGUGUUGCCUGGCCCCGGGGAUGAUGACAUGGAAGAAUUCUACAUCUGACCGCCUCCACCUUUGUCGUUCAGACGCACAGAUGCAGACGCGCAGGCUCAGGCCUCCCUGUCCCUCUGGUCUCGGAACGCACCAGCGUUCUCUGCCCUGCUCCCCAGGUCUGUCUGGGAUUUCAUUGUCUGCUGCCUGGGGACCGUGAGCACAUUUGCCAGUCUCUCCAUUCUUAACUGAGAGAUGGCGUUUUUUAGGGACUCGCCGUAAAAUACUGACAUUUUAUGCAAAUAAAAUAAGCCGUAAAAUAUAUAUUUUUGAAUGCUCAAUUUGAGGCAUGGCUUAGUGCACUUAUACCACUUAAAUGUUUCAUUAGAAUUAUUUGAGAUGAAAAGAAGAUCCAGUCAGCCAGAGCUGAUUUAGCACAUUUUCCUGCUGAGAAGGAAAACAAUUAAAGCCAAAAUGUCGAAUGUGGGAAGGAUACUAAGUGACUUGCACGAGCCAGCCGUGCACAGUAACAGAAUGUGCACCUUCCGGGAUUCUUCGUGUAUAUGUGCAGUAGCCCGAGGAAUUUUCAAGUCUUGCUUAGAAUGGGGAGAGUCAGCUCGAUAAGACAGCUGUGGACAGAUGCCUGCCUUUGAGGCCAUGCGGCUUCUGAAAAUCUGAAUUUACACUAAAGUGGCUUAGAGAUUUUCUAAGGGUUUGGCACAAGUAACAGACUCAUCAUGCAUUGAAAAUUUGAUUUGAGUUCCAAAAAUUAGAUUUGCAUCUAUUUUCCAAUAACAUUCACUGUAAUGAAUGAGAGCCCCAGACCACCUCUCCACGCUCUUGAGUUUAUUUGGAUCACUGAGUAAGACUCUCCUUGGAGUUAGAGAAUCAUAGAAUAUUAGACAUACUGGGUAGGUAAUCGCAAGAAUUUUCAGUUUUCAAAAGCACAGUCUAAGGACAAUAGGAGCUACAUUUUCUACUGCUUUUUCCAGUCAGCAUGCCUGGCCACAGGUCCUACAUUUUUUAUUUUUAAGUGACUGGUGACAUUUUAGCUGGCAUUUUGAUUGCACAGAUUAGCAACUGCCCUCUCCCCAAAACCAGGAACCUACCUACCACACUGUUCUGACCAAAUACUUCCAAAAAAUGCUUGCAGGCUUGGGGACGGCUGCAGCUGGAGCCCAGCCUCGGCUCUCCCUGCCUGUGGCUGGCUCUGUCGCAGCAUGAGUGGCACUCAAAUCUCACCCCCAGGAAGGGCAUGUUUACAACUGCAGCCUCAGCAAUGCCAAGUGUGACAUCAGGGGCAAUGCCAAGUUGUCUCCCAGAUGCGUAAACAUUUAUCUUUGGGGAAGGAGAACAUGGAUGUGUGUUGUUCAUGUCCCAGGCUGGUGCUCUUUGUCACAAUGACUCAUGGCACAGAGUUCAGCACUCCCAAAAUGCCCACACCAGCCCAGCCGGCCUCCGAAAUCUUUCCGACACAGUCAUUCACGCAGCCCUUACUGAUCUCAGACUCCCACUCAGGUCUACACCAUCCUUGCAAUGAGAGCCUUAGAUCCUGCCUCAAACGGCCUGGACAUUGUAGGACUUCAAACUGUAAUAUUCUACUCCAAUGUAAAUAAAUGAAAAUAUGGUCUCUUCUAA